AUGGGGAUCACGGUUGAUGAACAGAACCAUGCUUCACGCUCACACGAGCCUAUCGCCAUCGUGGGCAUGGCCAUGCGGCUGCCUGGCAGAGUAAACGACAGCGAAUCCUUUUGGCGGAUGCUAAUCGAGAAGCGAAGUGGGCUCUGUGACGUGCCGAAGGACCGGUAUCACCUGGACGCCUUCCACGAUCCGCAUGGCAAGCCGGGAACGGUGCGCAUGCGACAGGGCUACUUUCUCGACGAUGCUGAUGUCCGCCAAUUUGAUAGCAAUGUGUUUUCCAGCCUCAAGAAAGAGCUGGAACGGCUGGAUCCGCAGCAGUGCCAGCUCCUCGAAGUCUCGUAUGAGUGCCUGGAGAAUGCGGGAUGCACCCUGUGGCGGGGUCGAAAGAUCGGCUGCUACGCCGGCGUGUUUGGCCAGGACUGGUUGGACUUGAAUGCAAAGGAGACACAGCAUAUGGGUGCCUAA